GCUUUCAGCCAAUGCUGAUCCCUGCGAGGAGGUCACGUGCCGCUGCUUGGCGCUUUUGUGCGCGCCCGGGUCUGUUGGUGCUCAGAGUGUGGCCAGGCGGCUCGGACCGAGCAGGGUUUUCCUUGCCAGUGGAUUGUGUAGAAUACACUGCCAGUCUCUUGUCUUCUAUUCACCAUGGCUUCUUCUGAUAUCCAGGUGAAGGAGCUGGAGAAGCGUGCCUCAGGCCAGGCUUUUGAGCUGAUUCUCAGCCCUCGAUCAAAAGAAUCCGUCCCAGAAUUCCCCCUUUCCCCUCCAAAGAAGAAGGAUCUUUCCCUGGAGGAAAUUCAGAAGAAACUAGAAGCUGCAGAAGAAAGACGCAAGUCCCAUGAAGCUGAGGUCUUGAAGCAGCUUGCUGAGAAACGGGAGCAUGAGAAGGAGGUGCUUCAGAAAGCAAUCGAGGAGAACAACAAUUUCAGUAAAAUGGCGGAGGAGAAGCUGACCCACAAAAUGGAAGCCAACAAAGAGAACCGAGAGGCGCAGAUGGCCGCCAAGCUGGAGCGUUUGCGGGAGAAGGACAAGCACAUUGAAGAAGUGCGGAAGAACAAAGAAUCCAAAGACCCUGCUGAUGAGACUGAAGCUGACUAAUUUGUUCUGAGAACUGACUUUCUCCCCCUCCCCUUCCUAAAUAUCCAAAGACUGUACUGGCCAGUGUCAUUUUACUUUUGCCCUCCUGACAAAUAUUCUAGAAGCUGAGUAGGACUGUAUAGGUAGAUCCAGACUGUAUGAUGUUGUUUUAGGGGCUAAAGGGGAGAAACUGAAAGUGUUUUACUCUUUUUCUAAAGUGUUGAAGUCUUUCUAAUGUAGCUAUUUUUCUUGUUGCAUCUUUUCUACUUCAGUACACUUGGUGUACUGGGUUAAUGGCUAGUACUGUAUUGGCUCUGUGAAAACAUGUUUGUGAAAAGAGUAUGUAGUGGCUUCUUUCAAAUUGUUAGAUGCUGAAUAUCUGUUCACUUUUAAAUCCCAAUUCUGUCCCAAUCUUACCAGAUGCUACUGUACUUGAAUGGUUAAUAAAACUGCACAGUGCUGUUGGUGGCAGUGA